AUGUCCCGAGAACUCAUUUCCUCCGCAGAGUUUCCUCCUAAGCCUCACAACUUCUUCGUCGCCGGCCAAACAUCAGCAGACCCAGACAUCAAGAAAGCGACUCUUACUGUUCUGAAGAACUUGAAGAAGGUGCUCGAGCUGGCUGGAAGCAGUAUGGAGCAGGUUGUCAAGUACAAUGGUGAGUUGACAUACCCUUUCUGCAAUUCAAUACUUAUUGGUACCNNAGUCUAUCUUGCCGACAUGGAGGAUUUCGCCGCCAUGAAUGAGGUGUAUAUUGAUUUCUUGCCUCCUAACCCACCUUCUCGCACAUGUAUUGCUGCUGCUGCGUUACCGGGUGCUGGGACUAUUGUUGAGAUCGAAUGUAUUGCUCAAGCGUAG